AUGGAUCAUAGCGCUCUCUGGCGGCGUGAUGGCGCCGAGGAGUUUCUCAAACUCAUCCAAGAUCCGUUCAAAUCGGCAUUCCAAACAAACGCCGUCUGGGCUUCAUUGGCCACAUCUGCUGCCGUCGCUGUCCUCCUCGCUUUACUCUUCUCCCUCGUCCGGCCUCGCCAUACACUCGUCUACGCACCGAAAGUCAAACAUGCCGACCGGAAGCACGCUCCGCCGCCUGUGGGCAAAGGCUUCUUUGCCUGGAUCAAACCAGUUAUUCGUACCAAAGAGCCAGAUUUGGUCGACUGCAUUGGACUCGAUGCUACAAUCUUCAUUCGUUUUACCAAGAUGUGCCGUAACAUCUUCAUCUUCCUCAGCAUCAUCGGAUGUGGAGUUAUGAUUCCGCUCAACCUCACUCAAAGUCAAAAUACCAACAACGCUACGGCAUUCGCAACAAUGACUCCGCUGUACGUGAAGGCAGACGCGAUCUGGAGUCAGGUUGUUUGCGCCUGGUGUUUCGAUAUCAUCAUUGCCUAUUUCCUUUGGAGGAACUACAGGGCAGUUCUAGUUUUGCGCAGAAGAUAUUUCGAGAGUUCGGAUUAUCAGCGCAGUUUACAUGCACGAACACUCAUGAUUACCGAUAUACCUCCCGAAUUACGCACGGAAGAAGGAGUCAUGCGCCUGACAGAAGAACUGAACCCUACGGCAGCAAUUCCCCGAUCUUCGGUAGGACGAAACGUGAAGAUUCUUCCAAAGCUGAUCAAGGAGCAUGAAGAAACGGUACGCAAUCUGGAAUCUGUCUUGGCCAAAUACCUCAAAAACCCGGAUCGGUUGCCAGUAAAUCGCCCAACGAUGCGUCCACCUCGGAACUUACGGGGGGAGGCAGGCAAUGGCAAGGUAGAUGCCAUUGACUUCCUGACCGACCGCAUUUCGAGACUGGAGGAAGAGAUUCGCCAUGUUCGAAGCUCCAUUGACAAGCGGAAUGCGAUGCCGUAUGGUUUCGUCAGCUGGGACAAAAUCGAGCACGCUCAUGCCGUAGCGUACGUGGCACGCAACAAGCACCCUCGCGGAACGACUAUCCGCCUGGCGCCUCGGCCGCACGAGCUUAUCUGGGAGAAUCUGCCUCUGUCAAAAUCGGCACGGAAAUGGAAGACCUUUGUCAUGUUUCUCUGGGUUACCGCGUUGACAAUCGUCUGGAUUGCGCCCAACGCCCUCAUUGCGAUUUUCCUUUCCAACUUGUCGAAUCUUGGCCUCGUGUGGCCCGCAUUUCAAAGGUCACUUGACGCCAACUCCCAAGUUUGGGCAGCAGUUCAAGUUGUCUUCUCUCUUUUCUCUGCUGUGUGGACGUUUGUCGCAGCCGUCAUUGAGUUGAACAACAAAGAUGAGGAUCCCUGGCAAGCCGUUAAAGAUGGGCAAUUUUACCAGAAAGCUGUUAGCGCUAUGUGCCAAGUUUCCCCCUUCUGGGUGACGUACCUGCUUCAGCGGAACAUGGGUGCUGCUAUCGAUCUGGUGCAGCUUGUCAACCUCCUCUGGGUGUGGUUCGCGAAGACCUUCAUGGCACCGACUCCCCGCCAGACCAUCGAAUGGACCGCUCCACCACCAUUUGACUAUGCCAGCUACUACAACUACUUUCUGUUCUAUGCGACUGUAGCAGUCUGCUUCGCGACCCUGCAACCCAUCGUUCUCCCGGUGACGGCGUUGUAUUUCGGCCUCGACGCAUUGAUGAAGAAGUACAUGCUGAUGUACGUCUUUGUCACCAAGAACGAAUCCGGUGGACAGUUUUGGCGCGUGUUGUUCAACCGAUUGGUGUUUGCGGCUAUUCUUUCUAAUGUUGUCGUUGCCCUUGUCGCAAAGGCCCGAGGGACCUGGACCAUGGUGUUUUGUGUCGUUCCGCUUCCAUUCCUAAUGCUGCUUUUCAAAUGGUAUUGCAGGAGGCAGUUUGACCACGAGAUCAAGUACUACAACAGGGCAAACCUGACCGAUGCCGAAGCCCUCGCAGUCAGCAAGUCGAACAAGGGAGCAGCGGAACGACUCAGCUCCAAGUUCGGCCACCCCGCCCUGUUCAAACCGCUGAUUACGCCCAUGGUGCACGCCAAGGCGGCGGAAGCCCUCAAGCAAAUCUACCGUGGACGGCUGGGAACAUCCGAGGUUGAAGGCGAAUAUUCAGACAUUGUCAUGGACUCUAUGUCGCGCACACAACCUGGCAAGACCAUGCAGGAUGUCUCCUCAGCUCCGUUCGAGGUGGUGCCGGAAAACCACCUCGACUUUUCUUACUACAAGGAUCGCGCAGAUUUCCGCGAGGAGUUUGGCGGCGGUAUCUAUGGGCGUCCAGAGGAUCUCAUGACCGAAAGAUCGCAUACCCCGCGGAGCGGGCUGGGCGAUUGGUCCCCCAGCUCAUCGCGGGCGUCGUCUCCCGCACCAUCUGUUCCUACUCUGCCUGGUUUGAAGUCAUUCGAGGACCAUGAUCCACGCAUGACUGAGCCGGUGCAUCCCGCGUUCCGUCCUGCUCCAUUCAGACAGGACAGCGGCCAGAGCCGGGGGUUCUAUCAGCAGCAGAAUGACAGUGAAACCGAGCUCCUUGGACAGGCGCAGCAGCCAGCGGGUACGGGUAUAACGCCGUGGCGCUCACCUGGGUACGGUCCUGUUGAACAGGAUGACCCUGCUUUCACCUCAUACGAAGCCUAUAGAAUGCCGCGAUGA